AUGCUCCAAAAGUUUCUCUCAUUAGCGAAUAAAAGAUGUUUAAAUGGGUACAAAUCUCAAGUAAUACCUAGUAAGUUUGAUAAUAUUAUAAUUGCCAUGUCCUCUGGUGUUGAUUCAUCUGUUGCUGGUGCCUUGUUUGCUGGCUCCUAUCCUAAUGCAAGAGGUAUCUUUAUGCAGAAUUGGUCUAAAGAUGAAGCAUCAUUAGAUGAUGGUAAAGAAGCAUGUUUCGAGAAAGAUUGGAAAGAUGUUGUUAAAGUAGGCUCACAUUUGAAUCUCCCGGUGGAUUAUAUUAAUUUUGAGAAAGAUUACUGGAUCGAUGUGUUUGAGCCAAUGCUAGAUGUUUAUAAAAGAGGGAUGACACCAAAUCCUGAUAUAAAUUGCAAUAGACAUGUAAAAUUUGGUAAGUUAGUGGACCAUUUGAAUUCAAAAUAUGGUGAAAACAAUUAUUGGUUAGUCACUGGUCAUUAUGCAAGGUGUUUAAAGUCAACCGAGGACUCACAAACCCAUCUAUUAAAAAGUUAUUACAAGAAUAAAGAUCAAAGUUACUAUCUAUCGCAAAUUAAAAAUGGAAUUCUUUCAAAUUUAAUAUUACCAAUGGGACAUAUGACAAAACCUGAAGUUAGAGAAUUAGCUAUCGAGGCAGAAUUACCCACUGCCGAGAAGGCAGAUUCCCAAGGUAUCUGUUUUGUUAACAAUUCACAACAUGGUAAAUUUAAAAAUUUUUUACAAAGUUACUUACCUGAAAGUAAAGGUAACAUUAUAACGAUCGACCCAGUCUCAUCAGAGAAGAUAAUAUGGGGACAACAUCAAGGACUGUGGUCGUAUACAAUUGGACAGAAAAUUGGAUUAUCAAUGCCACAGGGUGACCCAAGAUAUAAAGGCACUUGGUUUGUAUCAGAAAAACGUAAUGACACUAAUGAAAUUGUAAUAGUUAAAGGCAGAGACCACCCAAGUUUAUUUCAAAGACAAUUACAAGUGAAAGAUUUUAUACCGAUUGGUAUCAGCAAGGAACAGUUAAUUAAUCUGUGUAACUCGUCCACCAACUCUAAUGAAUUAAAAAUACAAUAUAGAUCAUUACAAGAUCCCAUCGAUGUAGAAUCAAUCAAAAUCAAUCCCAACGAAGAUUCUUCAAUGAUAACCAUAACCUUGAAAGAGUCACAAAGGGCAAUGGUUCCAGGACAGUAUUGCUGUAUGUAUAUAAAUGACAGAGUCCUAGGAAGUGGUAUUAUCUCUAAGACAAGAAUCUGA